GGCGGUGCUGAACAAGAUGGCUGUGCGGCGGGUCAAGAGAGGCUGACAAGACGAAAAAUUCACCGUUUUCCCCAGCAGAAUAGCGAAUAUAUAUGUAGGACUGACAAUCUUGACAGUCGACAAUUAAAUUCUAACUACUUCCUCGUGUUAUAUUUGUUUCGCGAGCUCUUAUUUCGAUCCAAAACGAGGCGGUUACUCCAAUCUCGACGGCUCCAGCAAGCUCUGAUUUAACGGUCCUGUCAGCGCGAGCGUUAAAUAUAUUUCUCUAUCUGUAAAGCACUAAAACCGCCAAGAUAGAUUAUAAACCGCUGAAAGAGAUGUCACUGCUGUGUGUUGGAGUGAAAAAAGCAAAGCUAGAUGGACCACAAGAGAAAUUCAACACCUAUGUGACACUUAAGGUGCAGAACGUGAAGAGCACCACCAUUGCAGUGCGAGGCAGUCAGCCAUGUUGGGAACAGGAUUUCAUGUUUGAGAUUAACAGGCUGGAUCUGGGCCUGACUGUGGAGGUCUGGAACAAAGGCUUGAUCUGGGACACCAUGGUGGGCACGCUGUGGAUCCCUCUAAGCAGCAUUCGCCAGUCCAAUGAGGAAGGUCCGGGGCAGUGGAUGACUUUAGACUCCCAGGUCAUCAUGGCAGAAAAUGAGAUCUGUGGUACCAAAGAUCCAACUUUCCACCGUGUGCUUCUGGAUACACGCUUUGAGUUGCCUUUAGACAUUCCAGAGGAGGAGGCUCGCUACUGGGCCAAAAAACUGGAGCAGCUAAAUGCCAUGAGGGACCAAGAUUAUUCAUAUCAGGAGGAGCAUGAAAGACCACUUCCCGUGCCAUCAACACAGUGCUGUAAUUGGACUCUAUGGGGAGACCAACAAAAUGAUGAUCCAGACAGUGCAGUGGACGAUAGAGACAGCGAUUACCGAAGUGAGACGAGCAACAGCAUCCCUCCUCCCUUUUACACCACAUCUCAGCCCAAUGCCUCCAUGCACCAGUACCCCAUUCGCCAUAUGAACCGCGGCUCCCGCUACGAUGACAUGCAAGACUAUGACUACGAUAACCAGAGAGCUAUGAGUCCCACGGGGUCCAGUCGAUAUGCUUCAUCAGGCGAGCUGAGCCGUGGUAGCUCGCAGCUCAGUGAGGAUGGCGAGAGCUUCCGUGGCUCCGGAGAGUUCUAUGAUGAGAAUGACUCCUACCACUCAUGCCACUCCUCGGUCAGCUAUGGUAAAGAGUCACCUGGCUGGGACCAUGACGAGCCUCAAGGAGUCUACAGCGACGAAGGUAGCUACGUCAAAGAUGGCGGAGAGGAAGGUGCACUGUACGAGGAUGAGGAUGGUGACUUGUAUGAGCAGGAGGAAGGGGAUUACCCCUACGAGGAGGAAGAGGGAAUGGGCUUUGAGGAGGAUGAGGAGUUGUAUCGUCUAGAUGGAACACUUAGUGAGGAGCAGGAGCCCCCAUAUACGCCCACCCCAACCAGUGCAGCUCCGUCGUUAGCACGGGAGUCCUCCGGCUUCAGUCGGCCACCCCUGGAGAAGCAGACAUCAAUGCACCAGAAUCAGCCCCCACAGGCCGAACCCCAGUUCCGGGCUACAAAUUCUCUCACAGAAGCUGUGCCAAAGCAACAGAGCUUUGACGACUUCAGCAAACCUGCCAGCAAAUCCACUGCACCUGCUUCUAAUCUGGAGCCUCUUGGUCCUGCAGCACCAUCAUUCCCACCUGCAGUAAAACCUGUUGGAGACAAAGAGGAGCUGAAGCCUCAGGUUGAGCCUCCAGUUACUGAACACUCUUCUGAAGCCCCGCCUGAGAAACUAGAAGCACCUCCAGAAAGUGUGGCAAAGCGUGAGGAGGCAGUGGAUCCUGCCGAACGUGCCAAGGCCAACUGGCUGCGACUUUUCAAUAGGGUUCGGCUUCAGCUGCAGGAGGCCCGAGGCGAGACUCCUGGACUGGCAUCACUGUUUCUACAAGCAGGGCCUGGAGGAGCUCUGUACACUAUAGACAGCAUGCCAGACUUGCGCAAACGUAAGGCCAUUCCUCUGGUUCGAGAUUUGGCGAUGUCCCUUGUCCAGAAUUCUCGCAAAGCUGGAAUCACCUCGGCGAUGGCCUCCAGCACUCUCAACAAUGAGGAGCUGAAGAGUCACGUGUAUAAGAAGACUCUCCAGGCUCUCAUCUACCCCAUUUCCUGCACCACGCCCCAUAACUUUGAGGUGUGGACGGCCACUACGCCAACUUACUGCUAUGAGUGUGAGGGACUGUUGUGGGGUAUUGCCCGACAGGGUAUGCGCUGUACUGAGUGUGGUGUCAAAUGCCACGAGAAGUGCCAAGACCUGCUCAAUGCUGACUGUUUACAAAGAGCUGCAGAGAAGAGCUCUAAGCAUGGUGCAGAAGAUCGGACUCAGAACAUUAUCAUGGUUCUAAAGGAUCGCAUGAAAAUACGAGAGAGAAAUAAGCCAGAGAUCUUUGAGCUCAUCCAGGAUGUGUUUGGAGUCCCCAAAACCACUCACGUCACCCAGAUGAAGCAGGUCAAGCAAAGUGUCUUGGAUGGAACUUCCAAAUGGUCAGCCAAGAUCAGCAUCACAGUUCUGUGUGCCCAGGGACUGCAGGCCAAGGAUAAAACUGGCUCCAGCGAUCCCUAUGUAACAGUGCAAGUGGGAAAAACCAAGAAGAGGACCAAGACCAUCUAUGGCAACCUCAAUCCUGUGUGGGACGAGUCCUUCAAUUUUGAGUGCCACAACUCUUCAGACCGGAUAAAAGUACGGGUGUGGGACGAGGACGACGACAUCAAAUCACGCGUUAAGCAGAAGUUCAAGCGAGAGUCAGAUGACUUCCUGGGGCAGACUAUCAUCGAGGUGCGGACACUGAGCGGAGAAAUGGAUGUGUGGUACAACCUCGACAAGCGUACCGACAAGUCUGCUGUGUCAGGAGCUAUCCGAAUGCACAUCAGUGUGGAGAUCAAGGGAGAGGAAACAGUGGCCCCUUAUCACGUCCAAUAUACUUGCCUACAUGAGAAUCUCUUCCACUAUGUGACGGAUCUUCAGAACAACGGCGUGGUAAAGAUCCCAGAUGCUAAAGGCGACGAUGCCUGGAAGGUCUACUUUGAAGAGACGCCUCAGGAGAUUGUGGAUGAGUUUGCUAUGCGUUAUGGAGUGGAAUCUAUAUACCAAGCCAUGACACACUUUGCCUGUCUAUCAUCUAAGUACAUGUGCCCGGGAGUGCCAGCAGUGAUGAGCACUCUGCUGGCUAACAUCAAUGCGUACUACGCCCACACCACCCAGGCUACCAAUAAUGUCUCUGCUUCCGACCGUUUUGCUGCAUCCAACUUUGGGAAAGAGCGCUUUGUAAAACUCCUGGACCAACUACACAACUCUUUGAGGAUUGACCUCUCUAUGUACAGGAAUAAUUUCCCAGCCAGCAGUCCUGAGAGGCUGCAGGAUCUCAAAUCCACUGUGGACCUACUCACCAGUAUAACAUUCUUCAGAAUGAAGGUCCAAGAGCUACAGAGUCCUCCUCGUGCCAGUCAGGUCGUGAAAGACUGUGUGAAGGCCUGCCUGAACUCCACAUAUGAAUACAUCUUCAACAACUGCCAUGAGCUAUAUAGCCGCGAAUACCAGACUGACCCGUCAAAGAAAGGGGAGGUUCCUCCUGAAGAACAGGGUCCAAGUAUCAAGAACCUUGACUUCUGGUCCAAACUGAUCACCCUAAUUGUGUCUAUCAUUGAGGAAGACAAGAACUCCUACACUCCAUGCCUUAACCAGUUUCCACAAGAACUGAAUGUAGGGAAGAUCAGUGCAGAGGUCAUGUGGAAUCUGUUCGCCCAGGAUAUGAAGUAUGCCAUGGAGGAGCAUGAAAAGAACCGCCUCUGUAAGAGUGCUGAUUACAUGAAUCUACACUUCAAAGUGAAAUGGCUUUACAAUGAGUACUGCAAAGAUUUGCCUUUCUUCAAGAGCAGAGUACCAGAGUACCCAGCGUGGUUCGAACCUUUUGUAAUCCAGUGGCUGGAUGAGAAUGAGGAGGUUUCUCGAGACUUUCUGCACGGAGCUCUGGAAAGGGACAAAAAAGAUGGAUACCAGCAGACAUCAGAGCAUGCUCUCUUUUCCUGCUCAGUCGUGGAUGUCUUUUCCCAGCUCAACCAGAGCUUUGAAAUUAUUAAAAAGUUGGAGUGCCCUGACCCACAGAUUGUGGGCCACUACAUGAAGCGAUUUGCCAAGACAAUAAGCAAUGUUCUGCUCUCCUAUGCCAGCAUAAUUUCCAGAGACUUCCCUAACCACUGCACCAAGGAGAAAGUGAACGCAAAAGAUGGUGCUAUAAAGCCCUGUAUUCUGAUUAACAACAUUCAGCAACUCCGGGUACAGCUGGAGAAGAUGUUUGAGGCUAUGGGGGGCAAGGAUCUGAAUGUUGAGGCUAGUGACAUCCUAAAGGAGCUUCAGGUAAAACUGAACAAUGUUCUGGAUGACCUGGCCAGGAUCUUUGCCACCAGUUUCCAGCCCAACAUUGAGGAGAAUGUGAAGCAGAUGGGAGAUAUUCUGAGCCAAGUGAAAGGCACAGGCAAUGUGCCAGCUAGUGCCUGCAGCAGCGUGGCUCAGGAUGCAGACAACGUACUGCAGCCCAUCAUGGACUUCCUGGACAGCAACUUGUCACUGUUUGCUAAGAUAUGUGAGAAGACAGUUCUAAAGCGGGUGCUAAAAGAACUCUGGAAACUUGUCAUGAAUACCAUGGAGAAGACCAUUGUUCUGCCUCCUCUAACUGAUCAAACGGGCACACAGCUCAUUUUUAAUGCUGCUAAGGAACUUGGCCAACUUUCCAAGCUGAAGGAACACAUGGUGCGUGAAGAGGCCAAGGCUUUAUCACCCAAGCAGUGUGCGGUUAUUGAGUUGGCCCUGGAUACCAUUAAGCAAUAUUUCCAUGCUGGAGGAGUGGGCUUAAAGAAGACUUUUCUGGAGAAGAGUCCUGACCUGCAGUCUCUCCAUUAUGCCCUGUCUCUCUACACACAAGCUACAGACAAGCUCAUCAAAACCUUUGUCCAGUCACAGAAUGCACAGGUUCAUGGAGGGAAGGGGAUAAGGUUCACCCAUAGCGAGGAUGUGUACCCCGAAAAGGGCUCUGGGGUGGAUGAUGCCGUGGGAGAGGUGUCUAUUCAUGUGGAGAUCUUCACUCAUCCCAACACAGGCGAACACAAGGUCACAGUAAAAGUGGUUGCUGCAAACGACCUGAGGUGGCAGACGUCUGGAAUAUUCCGACCCUUCGUGGAGGUGUACAUCAUCGGCCCCCACCUGAGCGAUAAGAAGAGGAAGUAUGCCACUAAAUCUAAGAACAACAGCUGGGCUCCCAAAUACAAUGAAACAUUCACAUUCACGCUGAGUAACGAGGUGGGGCCGGAGUGUUAUGAGCUGCAGGUGUGUGUGAAGGACUACUGCUUUGCGCGGGAGGACCGCACUGUGGGCAUGGCCGUGCUGCAGCUGAAGGAUGUGGCACCACGGGGUAGUGUGGCCUGCUGGCUCCCGCUCGCCAAACGGAUCCACAUGGACGAAACGGGCCUGACCGUGUUGCGCAUUCUCUCACAGCGCAACAACGACGAUGUGGCCAAGGAGUUUGUCAAGCUCAAGUCCGAUCAGCGCUCAGCCGAAGAGGGCAGAGGGAGCUAAAGGUAUUAAUGAAGAAAUAGCAGAUUUGCAAAUUCACUGCCCACCUCCUCUUUCUGUUGAGUGUUGCACUAAAACAGACAGCUAACACACACAAACACACACAUGCUCUGCAGAUUAUACUGGACCAAUCACACAAGAUAGUGAUACCUAAGACACUGCCAUAACCUGCUAUGAGGCUUGUCUGACAAGCAAAUUACAGCAGCACAUAAAAAGAUACAGGUACAAAACCUUGUAUCUCUAUAAUAGUUGAUGUUUGUGGUGUCCUUGAUUUUCAGAAGUACAUAUUAUAUGACACAACCUCAUGGUUGAAAGAUGUUUAAAGAACAACAUAUUUAUCUAGUUAUUCAUACAUAAAUAUAUAUAUAUAUAUAAAUAUUCUUUCAAUAAUAUAUAAAAGAGAUAAUAUUGUCUGCCAUUAUAUUGAAAGAUGUUUAAAUGGAUCCUUUUUUGGGAAAAGGUACAGAGCAGAGAUAUACCUGAGUGAAAGCAGGGUUGCUAUAUGUAGUGCCAUUGAUGCCUCCCGAAGCCCUAAUACCCCAACUCCCUUAUUUAAUAUCUGAUAAUGAUGUCUGUGGAAAUCUUGUCUCUAACUGCCUUGUUCAUUUUUCAAUCAUUCCUGCACCUCCACAUGGGUGUCUCAGUGUCAGGGUUUUCCUCUUUUGUUCUCAGUGAGAUGUCCUUCUCCACUACUUCUGAAAGGCACACUGUUUAAUGGGGCCAACGUUUUUGAAAAUUAUGCAAACUUUUAGAUCAAGCACAAGAACAUUAUUAUAAAAAUGAAACCAUAGCUUGCAGUGCAAGUAGCUUGGACCAAAUACAUCUCACAAAGCAACAUUUCUUUGACAAUUCUUUACAUCCCACUGGGAAUGAUGUGAAUCAGGAGAAAGCAAUGACUUGGUGUCUGACAUUAAUUUAAGCAUUUGUUGUGUGUGUUUUCUCGACAGUGCUAAUGUAGGCAAACAGUAAACGAUAUCCCUGGGAAGUUCAGAAGGUUUUUGCCAUAUGCCACUACUGCUACUAUUAGCCCUUAAUCCCUUGACUUACUGUUAGCAAUGUUGGCAUGUUUGGGUUCCUUUAAACACACUGCCAUUUCUCCCUCAUGUCCAGUUUUUGGGGUUUUAUAUCAGUUUCUUAGUGUGUGAGCAUGUGUGCCUUGCAUGUGUGGUGUAUAAAGUGAGUGCAUGACUGAGAAUUUAUAAAGAAGGCAUUUGCGGGGCGUGGGUCAGGUGCAAAUAUAGUGAACAUCAGAUUUUAAAAAAAGGACCUUAAAUGACUAUGUGACUCAUUUGCAUUGUUUACUUUUAUAAAGUAGCAUCUGUUUUACGUAAUUUCCCUCACAGCAGACACGUCGGCGAAGUUCAGAAUAAUUCCACUGCUGUUGCCAUAGCAACCCUCAUGGUCUUGCCUCCCAUCUAAGUGUUACGAAAGCACAAAGUGUAUGUAGACUCUGUGCUUGUUUAACCUGAUAAAUACAUCCCUGCAUUGAUCAUACCCCUUCAUUUCCAGCCAUUUAGCAGUUAGUGCUGGGAAUGUAGCUAUUUCAGCCCCUAAUGUUCUGAAGUGUUUCAGAGUGGAGGUCAGAGAUAAUGACUGGUUAAAGCUUUGGAGGAGUGUGCGGUUUAUCUUCGAGUGGAACAAGAUCUGGUGAGUUGCUGCUUGAGCUUCAAAAUUAGCCAACCAACAUUAAAAUAUCUCUUAUUUGUGUCUAGAUAUCCGGCACAACAAACAAUAGCUAUGACUGAAAUGGCCUAGUUUUAAUUGCGAGUGUGGGAAAGUGGGAAAAUCACCACAUGAAACGUACUUUCAUGUACUAAAUUUAAAACAAAAAACUGAAGUUAUGACUUUUUUGAAGGUUUGUAACUUUUACAGCCUGAUGUAUGCCGAGAAAGGAGGCACCAGAAUGUCCUGCAAUUUAUAUUUAACUGAAAGGCUGAUAGCAUUUCUGGUACCCUCAGCACUACAUAGGGAGGUAACUGGUGCUUAGUAUAUAACAUACAGUGCAAAAAUUGCUAUUUGAAUCAGCUAUUGCCAAAACUAAAAGCCAAGCAGACAUUUCAGACAAGUAUUUCAAAUAUUUGUUAAAAUCUGACCAAAAAUGCAUAAUAACGCAAAGGCUAUGUAGUUCACUAUAUGUGCAGUAGGAAGCCACCCAUUCGGGGUUCACCUUACAGCUAGGUUUUGUAAGCUGUAGAGCUUGCUGGUUCCUCUGAUCUUUAGCUAUUCUGUUUUUACACUUCUUAUCUCUAUGACACCUUACAAAUGUGUAUCAUGUUAGGAAUCUAAGCUAAGGUCCAUGAUGUAUUAGAUCAUUUAAUAGGAAGCAUGCUGGCUUUAGGUAGACUAGGUUAUAUUAAAUUAAGAGCUCUGCAGCUAAACCAUGUCAUCAUAUCUAGUUAAGAGAUAUGAAGCCUGACCUGGAAUUUUGAACACCAAGACAGCAGUAUCCUAAAUCUGUGCUUGCGUCAGUGUGAGAAUAUGAGACAUCUGACUUAUUCCCAGCUGUGGCUUUAAUAAUCAAAUGAGACUUUCCCUAAUACAACUGUGGCUUGUUUUGUUUUGACCGGUUUGCCUCGUUUAACAUGUCUCUGGAGGAAACGUCUAGAAAGCACUGCCAAUCGGACAAAAUCCAAGCCAAUUCGGAAAUCUGGUACAUUUAUAAAUUAGUUAUUUUACGCCAAUUCCCCAAAAUGAUCUUUUACAACUAAGGGUUUUUUUCAAGUGUCAAAUUAUUAGACUUAGUCUUAGAUUUAGGUAAUAUUUUUUUAUGGUUUACAUUAUGGAUUAUUCAUACAAACAAUGAUGUCACUGUUUGUUUAUCUGAAUUAGGUUACAGUAGAGGUGUACAGUAAGUUACAGACAAAUGUUUUUCUGAUUCUUUUGAAUCAAGACUGUUUUAAGGUAGAAACAUUUGCAGAAUGCAGGACAACUGAAUGAGAUGUUGUGAGAGAAUGUGACGUUGUGUGAGAGACACCAAAGUGACUGUCAAUAAGAAGUAGAAGCAUAAACAGAGCAUGUAAACAACGCACACAGAGAUCACGCUUUCAUGCUCACUAUCUCUCUCUCUCUCUCUCUCAUACACACAAACACACACACAGUGCACUGAUGUCUGACCUCACCCAAACCAUGACUCCAAGUCUGUAGAUAGGAAGCAGUGCAUGUUGGAAAAGAUCUCUCUUUGUGCCAGCAUGUGUCUUUGAUGUGAUUUUCCAAAAUGUUGUCUUUUUGUUAUUUAUUUUGAUAUUUGGUAUUAUUUUCUAUUUUUGGAAGGCUUGUGAAUAUAUAAAUAUGUAUUACUGAUGUGUAGUGAUACAGAGUACUAGCAUGAGAGACUUUUUUUUAUACACAGAUGUUUAUAAUUUCUGUUUUUCUAACUAUUAUUGUUCUUAUUGGGGAAGAAAGUGAAACUAAUAGCAUUUUUGCUGUGUU